GCGCAGAGAUACUGUACCAUCUUUACACGGCUUGUUAUAGUAUUUUUUUUUAUUAUUAUUGUUAUUAUUAUAAUAUCUAUAGCGUUUUAAUUUCAUCCAGCACUUUAACACUUCACCAUGAUUCUGUUGGAAAUAAACAAUCGGAUCAUCGAGGAGACGCUAACGCUUAAAUUUGACAGCGCGGCCAACGGGAACAAGCCUGAAGCAGUAGAAGUGACAUUUGCUGAUUUUGAUGGCGUGCUCUACCACAUCUCAAACCCCAAUGGCGACAAGACCAAGUUGAUGAUCAGCAUCUCGCUGAAGUUCUACAAAGAGCUGCAGGAGCACGGGGCUGACGAGCUGCUCAAGAGGAUCUAUGGAAACCUCCUGGUGCCAGCAGAAGAUGGCUACAACGUGUCUUUGCUCUUUGACCUGGAUGCGCUGCCAGCCAAUAAGGAGGAGCUGGUCCACCAGGCGGGCAUGCUCAAGAGAAACUGCUUUGCAUCCGUGUUUGAAAAAUACUUCAAGUUCCAGGAGGAAGGUCGCGAGGGCGAGCAGAGAGCCGUGGUCCAUUACAGAGACGACGAGUCCAUGUACGUGGAGGCGAAGAAGGAUCGUGUUACCGUCGUGUUCAGCACGGUCUUCAAGGAUGACGAUGAUGUCAUCAUUGGAAAAGUGUUCAUGCAGGAGUUUAAGGAGGGCCGGCGUGCGAGUCACACAGCUCCUCAAGUGCUGUUCAGCCACCGAGAGCCUCCUCUGGAGCUGAAGGACACGGACGCUACGGUGGGAGACAACAUCGGCUACAUCACCUUCGUCCUGUUCCCUCGUCAUACCAACGCCAACGCCAGAGACAACACCAUCAAUCUCAUCCACACCUUCCGUGAUUACCUGCACUACCACAUCAAGUGCUCCAAGGCUUACAUCCACACCCGCAUGAGAGCCAAGACCUCCGACUUCCUGAAGGUUCUGAACCGCGCUCGCCCCGAUGCCGAAAAGAAAGAGAUGAAGACGAUCUCGGGCAAGACAUUUUCUCGCUAAGGUGGCACACAGUGACCAAACAUGCUUACAGGACCAGCCAGCGCUGCCCGAGUGCGACGUGGACUACGACACCCGGAUUCGGACAGCGCUCGUAGACUCCUAGAUGCUUGCAAAUCCUUCAAGGAACAAAAUAAAACGAAUUUCCUUUGAGUUUUCCACACAGUUCGACAAAAAAAAAAAAAAAA